CGUUACAAUCGAUAGGUAAUCAUAAUUCUGAUCAAAUGGGUCGACUUGGGUUCAUACUCGUGACUUUGGUGUCACUGUCCCUGAGUUUGUCUCUGUUUCCGGAGUCUGUCUCUGCUAAUCUAAGAAAAAAUUACUAUGCCAAAAUCUGCCCCAAUGUGGAGGGUAUUGUGAGAAAAGCAGUCACAAAGAAGUUCCAGCGAACGUUUGUCACUGUUCCGGCUACCCUCCGUCUCUUCUUCCAUGAUUGCUUUGUCCAGGGUUGUGAUGCUUCGGUUAUCAUCGCUUCAACCGGAAAAAACAAGGCGGAGAAGGAUCAUCCCGACAACUUAUCCUUAGCUGGGGACGGAUUCGACACCGUGAUCAAGGCCAAAGCAGCGGUGGACGCUGUUCCUCGAUGCAGAAACAAGGUCUCUUGUGCUGAUAUUCUAGCCAUGGCCACCCGUGAUGUUGUUGCUCUGGCUGGUGGUCCAUAUUAUGAUGUUGAGCUGGGAAGGUUGGAUGGGUUAAGCUCUACGGCUGCCAGUGUAAAUGGAAAGCUGCCUCAGCCAUUUUUCAAUUUGAAUCAGCUCAAUACCCUGUUUGCUGCAAAUGGGCUCACCCAAAAAGACAUGAUUGCUCUCUCAGCUGCACACACCGUUGGAUUCGCUCAUUGUUCAAAAGUCGCAAACAGGAUAUACAAUUUCACCCAUAAAAACCCAGUGGAUCCUACGCUGAACAAGGUAUACGCCUCCCAACUUCAACAAAUGUGCCCCAAGAAGGUGGACCCUAUUAUAGCCAUCAACAUGGACCCAAACACGCCCAAAAAAUUCGACAACAUGUACUACAAGAACCUGCAGCAAGGCAAGGGCGCGUUCACCUCGGACCAAGUUCUGUUCACGGACUUCAGGUCCAAACCCACCGUAAAUGCUUGGGCCUCCAACUCUCAAGCCUUCCACAAAGCCUUCGUUAGGGCCAUUACCAAGCUGGGAAGAGUGGGAGUAAAGACAGGGAAGAAUGGCAACAUUCGUCGAGACUGUUCUGCGUUUAAUUUUUGAGAAUUUUAGGGAAGGGAUUCAGUUUUCUGUUUAGACUUGAUAAUUUCUAAUGGUAUUUAUUUAGGGUUGUAAUAAUUCGGACAAGUUUGAAUCCUAUGUGGAGAAGAAAUAAAUAAUAAAAAUUAUAUUAACUU